CCGUGUCGCCGUCGCCGGGGCGCCGUCCCCGCUGCGCCGCUCCGCCGGGUAGCCGGCUGAGGCUGCGGCUCCCGCUCCGGCUCCUUCCGCGGCGGGCCGUGUGCCGCAGCCAUGUCCCGAAAGCAGGCGGCGAGGGGCCGGCCGGGCAGUGGCGGCCGCAGAGCCGAGGCGGAGCGCAAACGGGACGAGCGAGCGGCGCGCCGGGCGCUGGCCAAGGAGCGACGGAACCGGGCCGAGCCGGGCGGCAGCAGCUGCGAGGAAGAGUUUGUGAGCUUCGCCAACCAGCUGCAGGCCCUGGGGCUGAAACUGCGGGAGGUGCCGGGGGACGGCAAUUGCCUGUUCAGAGCUCUGGGUGAUCAAUUGGAAGGUCAUUCUCGGAACCAUCUCAAGCACCGACAGGAGACAGUUGACUACAUGAUAAGGCAGCGUGAAGAUUUUGAGCCCUUCGUGGAAGAUGAUGUUCCUUUUGAGAAGCAUGUGGCCAGUUUGGCAAAGCCUGGUACUUUUGCUGGCAAUGAUGCAAUUGUAGCCUUUGCAAGAAACCAUCAGUUGAAUGUGGUGAUCCAUCAGCUUAAUGCCCCUUUGUGGCAGAUUCGAGGUACGGACAAAAGCAGUGUGAGGGAGCUCCACAUCGCCUACCGAUACGGGGAACACUAUGACAGUGUCCGGAGGAUCAAUGACAACUCGGAAGCGCCGGCACAUCUUCAGACCGAUUUCCAGAUGCUUCAUCAAGAUGGAGCAAAUAAAAAAGAAAAGAUCAAGACAAAAGGGGUCGACUUUGAAGAUGGCCCACGAGAUGAAGUGGAAGAUGCUGUCCAGAGAGUUGGCAAUGCGACUGGAUGCUCAGACUUUAACUUAAUAGUCCAGAACCUGGAAGCUGAAAAUUACAAUAUUGACUCUGCAAUAAUCGCCAUGCUUCAGAUGAACCAGGGGGAAGGAAACAAUAUGGAGGAGAACCUUGAGCCCAGUGCCCAAGUGUCGAAGCAGUGUGACCCUUCAUUGGAGGAGGCAGGCAGCGGCUCCAGACUCAUGGAAGGCCAGACAGAAAACGGUACAGCCCAGGCCAGACCUAGUGAAGAGAGAAGAGCAAGUAAAAGCCAGAUCCCAAAGGUCACAAACAGGCAGCGGAGGGAGCAGCAGCGGCUGGAGAAGAAGAGAAGACAGGAGGAACGGCACCGCCACAAAGCCCUGGAGAGCAGGGAUAGCCACAGGGAUGCCGGCAGGAGCGGAGCAGACGCGGACACACAGGUCACCUUGGUGAAGACCUUUGCCGCCCUGAACAUCUGACUCUCGGGCCCCCGGAGGUGGAGGAUGAACGCUGCGGUCCAGCCGGGUGGCCUCCGACAGCGCCCACACAUGAGCCCACAGGAGUAGGCGUCCUUCAAGCUGCCUCUUGUGUCUUGAGCUUUGUCAGUGUUUUGUUGGGUGACAGUAGGUGAAGCCAUCGCCUUCUGGAACACAAAGUACUGAGUCCUCGUGGGUCAUGGAGCAGAGGGGGCUUUGGAGCGAGGCUUUAUUUGCCCAGCAGUUCAGAGCUAGGCUCUUCCUUGACGUGUGGCGUGGGUUUGCUGUAAUUAUUCUUGAAGUCGUUUAGCACAAUCAUUAGAAAUCCGGUGACAACUUCCUUGGUUUCUCUCAUUUUCAAGCAGGGAUGCACGUCUUGGUUUACCAGCUCAAGAGUGUGUUGAGAUAGGAUUUGCUUCUGAUCCAGGUAACUUGGACAUACCAGUGAUAGGAUGGGGCAGGCCCUGGCUCACAGCAGUCAGGGACAUCAACUACACCUUCUUCCUGUCUCUGGUGUUACCUCUGAGAGCGUGACUGCCCUUCCCACUCCAGCCAUGUGGUGCGUGUCCCUGGCUGUGGGCGAGCCUGGGUUUUGCGGGAGCUCCACAGUGCAGCUUAGUUUGGGCUGUUUUUCUGGGCAGUUAGGAGGUGGUGUGGCACUGCUUGUGGCAUACCUCUGAACUCUGAUGUGCAGGGCUGAAUCCAUAGCUGGGGGGUGGGAGGGGAAUCUUAGGUUUUUCUUCAGAAGAAUCUAAAGAACUUCUAUGGGAGAAGUCUCCAAGAUGAAGUUUUCCAUGCUUGAAUUUUAAUAACUAUGUGGGGGUCUUUGUUUGUUUGUUUGUUUGAACACUAGACUCAGAAAGAUGCCUACAGAGAAAUAGCUGGUCAUUUGAUCUUACAGGUUGCUAAAUUUUCUUAACAUGUGAAAAUGAAAUGAAAUCCCCUACCAUAGUAUGGCGGCUCAAGCCUGUAAUCCCAGCACUCAAGCAGAGGCAGGAUUGCUGCAAGUUU